AUGGCCUCGUCCAGCGACGGCCACGACGAUACUACCGCCGCCGUUUCUGCUGCCGCUCUUCCUGCCGCUGCCUCUGCCGCUGCCUCUGCCGCUGGUCCAUCUUCUGCCGCCGACCCGGGCGAGGUCGAGCAAAUGUUGCGGAGGCAGCAGCAGCAGCAGCAGCAGCAGCAGGCGGGGGACGAGAACGAGCCGCAGGAAUCGCAGGGACCACGGGAGCGUGAACCAGCUCCAUCACCUCGCGAAGCCGUCCUCGACGCGGCCACCUCGACUGCAGAGCCUUCGCCGAGCAUUUUACCUUCUUCCGCAGAGGCAUCAGCCGCCAUCGCCAUCACCACCGCCGCGACGGCCACGACGACAACGACGGCCACGACGACGACGGCCAUGGCGAGUGCAAACGUGUCCGCAACUGCACCUGCUUCAUUGGAGGUCCCAUCAGCAUCGGAUGGGCCUGCCAUCCUUGUCCCUCCAGCACCGGAGGCGGCUUCCCCAACCCAGCCGUCGACGCCUCCGCCAACGAAGCAGCAACGAUCCGAUGACCUGGACGCCGCCUCCUCAACGCAACUCUCGACCACAAGCAUCCAACCAGAACUGGACCCUCCCACCAACCAGACCGCCGACGAGCCCAUGGCCGACGCUCCGCGCCCCGCGCCCGCUCCCGCGCCCGUGCUUGUCGAUGCGGAGGCUCGGCAGCCAGCCCAGCUUUCACAAAAGGCUCUACCUGCUGCGGCCCCGCAGUUCACUCCGUCGACUCCCUUCACAUCGGCUCCCAUGGCCAAUAUCGAUCAGCACGCCUACAUGAUGAUGGCCCUCGCCUCCCUCUCGGGCGCACAGCACGCCAUGUCUCCGCCCCCCACCGUCACGCCCUCGCAGGUCACGCUGCCGAACCCGAUGGAUAGCAACGGCCUCGACGGCCUCGCCAUGGGCGGUACCCUCCGCCCCGCCGGCGUUGACAAGGGCCUCGAGUCGUUUGCUCGCGUCGAGUUUGCCGACAGCGUUUUCCAGAUGACCACCUACGCCGUCAUCAUCGGUCGGGAUCAGAGAGCGCUCGCCCAGGCCCGCCGAGACGAGAGGCGCGUCGAGGAGCACAAGCGCCGGGUUGAGGAGAACGCCCUCAAGGGGCUACCCCCGCCGUCGCCCAUCCACCACGACCGUAGCAAGUUCAGCAAAUCCUACGUCAGCGAGGAGGGCGGCAUGCUCGGCCCCGAAUCCGACAGUGAGGACAACGGCCGCCCCGCGAAACGUCGCAAGACGAGCACCACGGGUUCCUCCCAAAACGACAACGACGAGUCGCAAGAGAACAUGAUCUCCAAUCGCCAGUACGUCUCCCACACCCCCGGCGCCGCCGCCGUCGACCUCACCUCGCUCCGCCCGUCCCCCUGGCACGUACCCUUCAUCGGCAUCCACUCGCCAGGCCCCGAUAUUGCGAGCAAGACCAAGGCCAUUUCCCGAGAGCACCUUAAGAUUGCAUACAAUCAGCAGGACGGCGUUUUCGAGGCCAUCCCGCUGCACAAGAACGGCUUCUUCUGCGAAGACGUCCACUACAAGAGCGACAAGGUUGUUCUCAAAUGCGGCGAUCGCUUGCAGAUCAAGGACAUCGACUUCCGCUUCAUCAUCAACGGCGUCGAACGAGGCUGCACCGGCGCCGAGGAGUUCCAGGAGGAGAAGUUGACCCAGAAGCGGAAGGCUCACGGCGGCAAGGAGAUGAGCUUCGACUUCGAGCAGUCCCAUGGCAACAGGGAGAUGCAGGACACGAGCGAUGAACUCUCGGACCUCGACGUCAGUCCGCCGGAGCUAUCCGACCUCGACGACGAUGGUGAUGGUGAGGACGACGACGACGCCGAGGUCGGUGCCGGUGCCGCCAAGGGCAGGGCCGAGGCGGUCAACGUCAAGGGCGAGGCCGUGCCCGAGCUCGAGGCCGUGCUGCCACAGAUACCUAAGAAGAGAGGCCCAGGACGGCCGCCGAAGAACGGCAUCAUGUCGAAACGCGAGCAGCGCUUGCUCAAGAAGCAGCAGGAGGAAAUGGCCAAGAAGACGCUCCCUCAGGCGCCUCCCGUCGAGCCGCCAGUCAAGCGCAAGGUGGGCCGGCCAAGGAAGCACCCCCUGCCGGAGAACGCAGGGGACCGGCCCGAGAAGCGCAAAUACAAGUCGCGCAAGCCCAAGGGCGAGGACGGAGCCGAAGGAUCCGACGCCGAGAGGCGGGCGCGGGAGAAGAAGGAGAAGAAGGUCCGGCCAAAGUCGCCGCCGCUCGAGCUCAAGAUUGAGGACUACACGGAGGAGCAGCUGCAGAAACCGAACAAGAACUACGGCGUUCUCAUCGACGAGACACUCACCGCGGCCGGACCCGACGGUCUCACGCUCAAGCAGAUUUACAAGCGAAUCUGCCAACGUUACCCCUGGUUCUUUUUCCACACCGAGACCAAGGGUUGGGAGAGCAGCGUCCGCCACAACCUCAUCGGCAACGAGGCCUUCCGGAAGGACGAGACGACAAACCUCUGGUCCCGUGUUCCGGGCGUCGAGCUCGAUGCCGGCAAGAAGCGCAAGGCCUCGUCGCCCGACAGAGCCCUUGCCGCCCAGGCCUACGGGCCGUACUCAUACCCGUACAGCGCCGCGCAGCACCUGCCUCCGAGCGCGCCCGGAUAUCCCCCAACGCAAGCACCGCCAGGCUACCAGGUGCCGGCCUUCCCCGGGCAGCCCAUGCAGCCGCCGAGGCCCAUGCAGCCGUACGGAAACGCGGCUCCUCCGCCCGUUGUCCAGCCCAGCCAACCCGCGGCGGCUCAUCCCGCUCUCCCCGCCCCGGCGGCUGCUUACGGACCUCCGCCGGCCCCGGCGCGGCCCCAGCUCGGAGCACACACACCCGGUGCGUACAGCUCACCUUACGCAUCGCGGCCGCCGCCGAAUCCUCCCGUCAAGGCGGAGGAUGGUGCCCCGGCCGCCCCAGCUCAAAUAGCUCAGCGGCCCCCAGCCGCCAUCGCGCCGGCCCUCGUCGCUGGACAGAAGGCCAUACCGGGUCCGGCACCCACGGCCCUGGCGGCUCCCACGCCCGGGUCUCGAUCCACAGCGCCACAGGCACCACCGCCAUCGAAUGCGACCCCUCGGCCUGUCAUUGACCCGCGACUGCUGGCCGCAGUUGUCGGCCUGAAGAAUGGUCUCGUCGAAAAUCUCAGGAAGGCGCGCAAUCCCAAGGCCGAGGCCAUCGUCAUGUCAGCCCUUAACCGGUGCGUCGGUCUCAAGAAGGAGGCGACCGAGAACGACAAGAUGGAGGCCAUCUGCAUCAAAGGCAUUCGCCAAGUCAUCGAUGGUCUGGCCAAGAAGAACCCGGCACCCGCUGGCUCUCCCGCCCAACCUGACACCCCGCCGCUCAUAUUCGAGGCCAAGGUUCUCGCCUCGCUGAACGGCUUCAAGGAUGUUUCCGUCAAGGCCCUGAAGGCUCGCCUUGGUGAAGCUAAAGCGGAAGCCGUCACGCUGUCAUCGAUCGAUCGAGUUCUCGGCUUCGCCGACGCUAGCAUCGUCCCCCCUCCUGGCGAAGGCGAACAGGGUGGGAAUUUCGAGGGCGUCGAGCAGCAUCUCAUGAAAUCGUUGAGGCAGCUUCUUCAGGGCAUGAACCAAAAACUCCAAGACCCUAAAUAG